AUGUCAUCUCCCUCUUCCCCCCUGAUUCCUCCAUCUCCUUCAGCAAUUUCCCCCUUGGCAUUCCGUGAAGCACUCAAACUGUACCCCUCGCUGGUCGAGAAGGUUUACCAAUCCAAGCUCAAGAACAACGCCAAAAAGGUCGCCGACGCGCUGGCGCGCGAUCGCUGGAGGUUCGUGGAAUUGCCUGCCGCGGUUGCUGCUGCCGCGGCCGCUGCGCGAGACUCAAAGCAUGGUAACGACGAGAAGAAGAAGAAGAACCUGAAAAAGCAGAAUUCGCCUGAUGUGCAGGAUGGAGCCAGCGGCAGCAGUGGAUUGACCAAAGAUGAUGUUGAGAGGCUGGUUCAGUGGAAGAUAACACAUGGCCACUCGCGGCCCUUUCUCCCGGCCAUGGUCCGCAAGAAUGACGAGUCGGCGAUCCAGACGCAGACGUCUCUUGCGUUUGCCAAACUCUCCUCCUCAGCAACCUCAUCAUCAACCUCAACUUCAGCCUCUCCAUCCACCGCCACCAUCACCGCAGCCCUGGACCUGGUGUGCAAAUUGACCGGCAUCGGCCCGGCCACAGGCACUCUCAUUCUCAACGUCUUCGACCCCGUCCACGUCCCGUUUUUCCAGGACGAGAUGUUCUUGUGGUUCUUCCCCGCCGCGUCUGCCAAGAGCGACGACAAGAACAGGCUCAAGUACUCGCUCAAGGAGUACCUGACGUUACUGGACGCGGUGGGGCCGGUCCUAGAGAGACUCAACGUCACUGCCCGAGAGCUGGAACAGGUCGCCUAUGUCCUGGGACAUUUGGAGCUGUUGGACGAGGCGGAGCGGGAGGCGUUGCUGGAUGCAUUCGACCAGCCCGGGGCCGCGAGUGGAGAGGUCAGUCACGCUCUGCAGGCGGCAAUGAAGGAGGAGGAUGAUCAUGAUGCAAAGGCCACCAGUGCUCCGGGGCGCAUGCCUCGACCGGCUCAAAAGGGAAGAAAGCGCGUAGCAAAGAACGAAGACGACGGAGCAGAAACCCAGGCACCGAAACGACGGUCACAGCGCAAAAAGUGA